AUGGAAAACACAAAAGCCACCACACUGGACAUAACCACAAACCUCCUAAAGCGAAGUUCCCUCAGCGAUCCCUCCAAAUACCCCCUCUGGGUCUUCCUCAUCAUCGUCGGCUGCAUCGUGGGUGGUCUCAUCGGGUUCAGCGUGUGGACUAUGUACCACGGACUAGAUGAUAACAAUACAUUCAAGGAUGUAUCCUUCGAGCAAAGGAAAUACAUGCGCGAGGCUCGGCAGCGCAAUUUGAAUGGGCUUGCUGUCGAGGCUAGGAGGCCUGAUAUGAUUAUUCCGAUUGAUCAGUUGAAUUGGUAG